AUGCCGUGCUGGAGCCCGAAUUUACCUUCACUGGACGUGUGGCUGGGGAGGUGUAACACAUUGUGUUUUGAUGUGUCCGUAGAGGACUCAUUGCGACGGGGGAUGUGCAAUUGGCCUUGUGAAUUGUGCAACAACCACAGUACGCGAGUAAAGCUGGCGGUGUUGUCAAUGACAUGGAGGAUGUGCUACGAAAUAUUUUUGGUUCAAUCUUGUUGGCUCUUCUGCAACCACAGGUACACUCCGAGGUGUGGUGCAGUUUCUUCAACAGCUGGCAUCCGUGGUGGUGGGUGUCAGCAGCAAUGCCGGCUUGCAGGAGAUGCAGAGAGUCAACAAUCUAAAGAGGCACUCUGUGGAAAGUGGCAUAGUGCCACAAGAUGUCUUUUUUAUUUAUCAUGUUUGGCGGAAUGUUUCAGCUGUUAA